CCAGUAAAACGGCUAACCGAGCCGAAGCCCCGAACGUGAACGUGAGUACCGCCGCCGCAGCACAGAGUACAGAGUGAUCCGCCGAAGGUAAGCCGAAGCGGCUGCCACUCUGCUAUUGUUGUUAUUCUCUGUCGGGGCCAUUCGAUAUACUGCUGUGUGUGCGUGUGUGUGUGUGUGUGUGUGCGUGCUCGUCUCGCACCAUGGCCGAGCCAAAUAUCAGACGGGCUGUUUAGUCUAUCGUUUACCUCUCGACUUGACGCGCGAUCUCCGAGAGAGCGAGAGCAGUUGUUGGCAAGCAGUUGCCGUGGAACACAGAAAAGAAAUAAUACAGGAAAACACAAAAUACAUCCCGUGGACUGUGCGUUGUGUAUGGGACUGAGUUUGGGCCCCCCGUCAUAACAACCGUAAGCGGAGUGCGUGUAGUUUUCGGGACAACCCCCUUUUCGGAAGCGGACACCGCAACAGGAGCAGACUGUGUGUCACAGGAGGACGCGAGGACGAAAGCCGAAAUACAGUGUGCUUGUGUGGAAGGAAACAAAAAGGAUCGAAAAAAAAAAGUGAAAAAGGAAGGAAGCAGGAAACUCGGGGAUUGUAGACAAAAAUUGCAUCUGCUGUAUAGAAAGGAUCGAGACGACGAACGACGAGAAUUCGGUACCAACUGUCGAUCAUUGUUGUUGUCAUCGUCGGUGUGUUGUGUUUUUUUUUUAAGUUUUCGGCGGAAGAACCAAAGGUACAAAACAAACGAAAAUAAAAAUAGGAAAAAUGGCAAGAAGGGAGGAUUAGAGAGUGCUGGUGGAGGAAAAAAGGUACAGGAAAAAGUGUGUCGAGUGUUGUUUGUAGGGUUUUCUAUUUCCCAUCCUCGAAAAGCCCAAAAUUAGUGGAAAUAAAACCGAGUGAUUGUUCGUUAGGGGAUAGAAACUCCCUAAAGCCGAGAGUUGCUGUGUUCAUCAGCUGUGAGCUCUGUAAAGAAAGCGGUAUCAAGGAUUAAGUGCGUGGUGUUGAUCGUGAAGACAAGCAAAGUCAACAUUCAACAAAAAAAAGUGGCGAAGAAACCGAAAACAAAGUGUCAACCAAUAACAUCCUGAGCAAAAUUGAUAAUACUCGAUAAUCAGCAAUCAGUGAGUGUGUGUUCGUGGAGCCAAAAAAAAAAAAGAAACACCAAAACAAGAGAGAGAAAAAACGGUGUGGCAACAAUAUACAAUCGGAAAAGAGGCAGCAAUUGUGAAAGGAGUGUGUGUAUGUGCAGAAAAUAAUAACAACACUCCAAUAGAGAGUACCGAAAAGUGUGCAAAAAUCAAACACAGCAAAACGAGCGAAAAAAGUAAAAGAAUUCAAGAGUGAUUGAAAGGAAAAGGUGUGCAUCCAAACAAAUUUUGAAAAAAAAAGAAAAGGGUUUUCCACAGAGUGCGAGAGUGGGAGGGGAAGAACGCGAGAAAAGUGUCAUUUCAUCGCCGCACGAAGACCUCCGAUCACAACACAAUAGCAGUGAAGCACGUGAAACACGAAGAAGCAAGCAAGCAAGCAAGCAAGUGGGUGAGUUUGAAAAGAUAAACGAAGAAGUGGAAGAGAGAGAGGGAGAAAAGGAGAGCAAAAAGGAGCAGUGUGUGUAUGUGUGUUUGUGUGUGCGCGCGCGUCCAACUUCCAGCUGUUCUCAUUGACCUGUGGACUAUAGGGAGCAAAGAGUGAACUGUGUGGACAGAUUAGAGGACCAAAGAAAGGGGCCAAAAACAAAAGGAAACAAAAGAAGCAACAAAAAAAAACCGAAGAAAGUAACAGGCGAAGAGUAACUGUUUUGUUACCCUUUUACGGAUUAGCGGUGGAACCGAAUGAGGCUGCAUCGAAUCGGAUGAAGGGAUUAUUUCCGAGGAGUGCAUUAAUUAAUAAACAGAUAUGAACAAAGAAUGAAUACGCAGGGGGGCUCCCACCUAGGGGCUCCAUUAUCGUGGGCGAUCGUGGAUCUCGGCCGCAAGGAGGUUUCUUCUGAGCCGCCCAGCCAGCAGUCUCCCAACAACGACGAGAAUUUUAUUGUUCCAGGGCACAAAAUCAUCGAACAACAGUAGGAAAAUCCCACUUAGGCCUAUUUAGCGAAAUAAAAACGAGAGAAACUUAGAAAAAAACUUAUUCGGAGUGAGGCGAAUUCCAAAGGUUUCAGACGUAAAGAUAUGGUCGCAGCAGCUGGAGGACAGCAAGGCGGAAUGGACGUCGGUUAUAAUCCUCAGAUGAACAACAUGUCGAUGCACUCUCAAUCGUCAUGGAACCAAAUGAACGGCAUGAAUCAAAUGGGUGGAAUGAACCAAAUGGGCGGAGGUGGUGGCGGCGGAGCCAUGAACCAGAUGAACGCGGGCAUGAACCCGAUGGGUCAUAUGGGAGGUGGUGGUGGAGGCGGAAUGGGUGCGGGUGGAGGAGGUGCUGGAGGUGUGGGAGCCGGGGGUAAUAUGGGCGCCAUGAGUGGGAUGCAGAUGAACCAAAUGGGUUCAAUGAACGGCAUGGGAAGCUACGGUAGGCAUCACCAGCAGAUGAAUCCGAUGGCGCAGAUGAUGAACAUGGGCAUGGGAAUGGGCGGAGGACAGAUGGGACCAGCUUCAGGGAUGAACGGCAUGAACCAGAUGAACAGUAUGAAUCCACUGAGUCAGAUGAAUCAGAUGUCGCCUAUGUCGAAAAUACAAGGAAUGGCAAACGGGUAUCCGCCACACCCUCGGCGAAUGGCGCCCUAUCCGAACCCUCAAAUGCAGAUGGCGCAGAAGCGAUCGAUGUACGGAAUGACACAACAAGGAAUACCCACGGGAGUUUCCUCGCAGUUUCCUCCGCACCAAUCAACGGGAGUUCCUCUACCGAUGCAGGCCAACGCCAGUUACGGCAGGCACGGCCCAAUGCCCAUGAAUUACCGAGGUGGGCCUCCCAUGAUGCCCCAGCGGCAAAACACUCCUCCCUACGGCGCGGCCAGCGGCCACAACCAACAGUAUUACAACACGGGCUACCAGAACAUGCAGAGCUAUCAGCCCGACAUCCGGAUGAACUACCAGCACAGUCCUGUGCCGGGAAAUCCUACGCCUCCACUCACACCCGCCGCUUCCAUGACGCCGUACAUCAGUCCCAACCCGGACCUUAAGCCAAACCUAGCACACAAAGACGAAGAGCUCCGGCUCACAUUCCCAGUCCGGGACGGUAUCCUUUUGCCCCCGUUCCGGCUGGAACAUAACCUCGCGGUCAGCAAUCACGUGUUCCAACUGAAAUCGACAGUCUACAACACGCUCAUGUGUCGACCUGAUCUGGAGCUGCAGCUGAAGUGUUUCCACCACGAAGACCGGCAAAUGAAUACCAACUGGCCGGCAAGUGUGCAAGUGUCGGCCAACUCAACCCCUCUGGAGAUCGACCGGGGUGACAAUAAGAACACCCACAGGCCACUCUACCUGAAGCAGGUCUGCCAACCAGGUCGAAACACUAUCCAAAUCACCGUCAGCACUUGCUGUUGUUCCCAUCUGUUUGUACUGCAACUAGUACAUCGGCCCUCGGUCAACCACGUCUUGCACACCCUGUUGAAGCGUAAUCUCCUCUCGGCCGAACAGGCGGUGGCGAAAAUCAAGCGCAACUUCACCGUUGGCCAUACACCGAAUCCCAACCAACCGGGCGUCGAUAAGGACUCGCACGAACCAGCAACCUCCACAAAAGUCUCCCUCAAAUGUACCGUAACCGCGAAGCGAAUAGCACUUCCAGCGCGUGGCCACGACUGCAAGCACAUUCAGUGCUUCGACCUGGAGGCGUACUUGGCACUCAACUGCGAGCGUGGCAACUGGCGGUGUCCUGUGUGCAAUAAACCAGCGCUGACCGAGGGACUCGAAAUCGAUCAGUACAUGUGGGCCAUCCUGAACACGCUGAACUCUCCCAACACCCCGAACGGAAUGGACACCGAGGAGGUCGUCAUCGAUUCGCAGGCCAACUGGAGGGCGAUAAAACCGGCCGGUAACGGGGGUAGCUUACCCACGGGAGCAAAUCCGUCCGGUCACGGUGGAAACACACCCGGAGCCGAUGGAAGUGGACGGGGUGGCUCCACGCCGGGGCUGGUGGGUAUCAAACCGGAUCCGGACGGGGAUAGCAAGCAGUUCAGCAAAGUUAUGUCCCCCGGAUCAACCUCCCUGCCCACCUGGGAUAACAUGAACGCGAUGAGUCCCUACAUGAGUCCCGAUAUGAGUUCCAUCGCGAGUGGAAGCAUGAUGGGAUCAAGUAGCUACAACCAGCGGACACAGUACGAGUCCUACCCUAUCAAGCAGGAACCGAACACUAACCAGGGCGGUGGAGGAAGUGGCAAUGGACCUGGAACGCCGGGCGAUUUCGCUAGCAAUCCGCUGGCGCAUCUUAGUGAUUCGGUUAAUUCACUCGAUCCACUCAACGCGAUGGAGAAAUCGUUGAAUGAUCAGAUGCCCCACACACCUCACACACCACACACCCCCGGCGGCGGUAACUCCUCUGGACAUCCAAUGACCCCGGGCGGACCGCCAAGCGUUCCGCCGGCAAAUGAGGGCAAUUCCAGCCAGUCGGGCAGUGGCAACAGUGGCAACAGCAGUAGUAGUGGUAAUAGCAGUACCAACAACAACAACAAUAGCAGCAGCAACAAUCCUAACAACAACAGCAACCAAAACAACAACAACAACAACAACAACAACAGCAACAGCCAUAGCAAUCCAAACAGUUUGAUGCAUUCGCCCCAGCAUCAGCAGGGGACCAUGGGCAUGGGUAACAAUCCGGCGGCCAACAUCAUGAACUCGCCCCAGAGCCUAAUGAACUCACCCCAGAAUAUGAUGAAUUCGCCCCAGAACAUGAUGAACUCGGCGAACAAUCUCCAGCAGAAUCUGAUGAAUACGAUGAACUCGAUGAUGCAGCAGCAGGGCAAUAAUGGUGGAGGAUUGGUCGGACUGACGGACGUUGAUUUGCCAGCAGAUCUCAACUUUGAUCCGGCAGCCGUCAUCGAGGGCGAGGGUGGCAACGAUUUGAAUCUUCUUCCCGACAACGUGGUCGAUCCGAUGGAGCUGCUCUCCUAUCUGGACCCUCCGCCCGACCUCAACACGCCGCCCUCAAGUGGCUCCAGCAACAACGCCAACAGUGACGACAUUCUGGCAGCACUGUUCGACUAGAAAGACAAAUGCAGCGAAAAUCUGACCGCGCAACGCAAACGCAACGGUAAACUAACGAAUGUGAUUAUGGGAUUGUUUUUUGUUUCCUAAGCAUGAGUCACAGAGCGACAAAAAAAUAUGAAUAAACAAAAAUUACACACAACACACACACACUUCAAAAUUGUUUGUAUAGAAAAAAAAUCAACAGCAAAAAAAAACUGUUUUCCUGUUUGUGUGAAAAAAAUACUAUUCGUCGUGAAAUCUGAUUUCGAACCAAGCAAAAACACAACAACAAUGAAACCGUUUAUUGUGAGCGAAAAUAAUCGAAGGACCUAGGAAGUGAUAGCCAAAAAACAUGAAACAGUUUUUGGAUUCCCCUCGACUCGUUUUCCUGUUUUUUUUGUGGCGUGCGAAAUACGGGGCUGCGGUUUUUCUAUUUUAAAUUGAAUAUUUAUUUUCUAUGAAAUAGUUUUUAGUGUCUUCUGUAAAAAGGAUAAUUAUUUAUUUUUGUACAAAACAAAAAAACAAAAACGACGCGAAGAGAAGCAAGAGCAAGCAAGGGAAGCGCUUAGUAUAGUACUAUUGUUUCGCCUAAGUUUUUCGGGGACAAAAGGAUCGACUCUGUUUUAUAGAGAUAAAUUGAUCUUGGAAAAUUGAGCAUUGAGUUAAGGAACAAAGAAUAAAAGAAUUGUUUAAGAGAAAUGUUACACUUAAAGAUAUUGAAUUUUAAUCAAAAAUGUACAAAAGAAUCAAGAAACUAUUAUAUAUAAAUUUAAUAUAUUAAAAUUACAGCUAACUAAAUUUAAACUAAGUCACACCCACACAUGCAUACAUACAUUGAAGCAAGGAAAAAAAACUGCUAACAAUUAAUUGAUAAUAACAAAAAAAGGAACCCAAUUAAUACACAUAACAAGUGGAACAUGGUUAUAAUUUUCGCUCUCUUAAAUGUUUGUAGAGUAACAAAAUUAAUCAAUCUGUAUUUACAUAAUACGAAAUCUGGACGCAAAUUGACGUAAUUAAUCGCAAAGACCUACAGUUGAAUGACACGAAGAAAAUAAAGAAAAAAUAUUGAAUAGGAAAUAAACGGCUUCAACGUAGUGACCUUUGAUUUUACUGUAAACAAACAAACAAAAAAAAGAAAAGCUCAUCAUGACAUCUAUGAAACAACUGAAUCGAUUAAUCAAGAUGGCGCCAGCGCGAGGCCAGUAUUUUUAUAUACUCCAAACUAAGAGAAACACACACAAACAUACACACACACACACACACACACACACACAGAGAAUAGAAUUCAUCUUUGUGAGCAUUUGUUCCUUUCUGCAUUUUGAAUUUUCCAUCACCACCAUUUUGUUUUUUUUUUCAACACGCAGUGGACAUUGUUUACUGUUUACUGUUGUCGUCUACCAACCGAUUUCACACAACAGUGAAUCCUUGGAAUUCAUGGGAACCAAUGAAUGGUUGGUUCCUCUCGCGUAACGUCAAAGUUCCAAGCUUAAGCAGAUAGUAAUUUAUAUUUAGUUUUAGACGUAAAACACACACACACUCACAAACAACAGACACAAUCUACCAGCGCAACACAUCGACACAGCGAACGCAAAUUACCGGUUUUUGUUUACCACCCUUAUAACCUCCUUUUUCUACCCGUUUCAUCGCCGGCAUCAACUGUCAUUUUUAAUGUCCAAGUUCCAAAAAAAACAUCAACAAGCAACAACACGCAUUAAUACUACAGAGGGAAAAAACCAUUUGAAGAAAAAAAAAAUAAAACAAGAAA